AUGCAAAAGGAGCGUGGGGGCAGCAUGUUUGCAAUACUGGGGCCCUCCGGUGCAGGGAAGACCUCCCUUCUGGAUGUGCUGGCAGGACGCAGGAGGGGCGGUGUGUCGGGCACUGUGUAUGUGAAUGGGAACAAAUUUGACCUUCGGACCAAGGCUUCAUACAUCAGCUCGCUGGUGGGAUAUGUGUACCAGGACGACAUCCUGCCUGGUACGUCCACUGUGUUUGAGUAUCUGAUGUUUCAUUCAUCGCUCAGACUGCCGCCAUCAGUUGGCCACAAGGAGCGGGAGUGGCGAGCAACGCACCUCAUUGACAGCCUGGGCCUGGGCCGUGUGGCCCACAGUUUUAUUGGUGACCAGUUCACGAGGGGGCUGUCAGGUGGUGAGAAACGCAGGGUAAGCAUAGCUUGCGAGAUGCUCACAAGUCCAAGUAUUCUGUUCCUGGAUGAACCCACAACUGGCUUGGACUCCACAAAUGCAUCCAAGGUCGUCGACAUCCUGGUGGACCUGUCAACUGCCAAUGUGAAUGUGAUCUUCAGCGUGCAUCAGCCACGUGCUGACUUGUUCGAGCUGGUGGAUCGGGUGCUGCUGCUGUCAUCCGAUGGACAGACAGCAUAUUCUGGCCCAGCUGCCUUUGCCGAAAGAUAUUUUGGGGCUCUUGGAUAUGGCCUGCGGCAGCGCGGCAGCUACUUCAUGGACUACAUGCUGGACGUCAUGAUCAAAGCCCCAGCAGCCGAAGUGGACCAGUUGGUGGAGAAGUUCCAUACCUCUGACAUUUUCACAGAUGAGAAGCGCAUCAUCCAUAGAAUGAACCUGUCUCCUGUGGAGCUGCCUUCUCCCAUUUUCAGGGCCUCAUACAUUCGGCAACUGAGGUGCUUGUCCACACGGUUGUUGAGGAACUCGAUUCGGCACCCCCUUGUGAUUUCUCUGAAUCUUGUGGCCACGUUCGUGGUGGCCCUGUUCUUGGGUGCCAUGUUUUGGGACACGGGAACCAACACAGAGGGAAUUCAAAGCCGUUUGGGGGUCCUGUUUUUCCUCAUUCUGUACUUUGCAGCGAUGAGCUUGAGUUCACUCCCAAUCUGGAGGGCAGAGAAGUUGUUGUUUAUGCGUGAGCGUGCUGCUGGUGCCUAUGGCACCCCUGCAUAUUUUGCAGCAGUACUGGCCUUUGAUCUCAUACCCCUCAGGGUGAUUCCACCAAUCUUCUUUGGUCUGUUUUCAUACUGGAUGAUCGGGCUGCAUGAACGGUGUGCACUGUGCAUCGUUGCUUUCAUCGGAUUGCUGGUCAUGAUCAACAUGGUGGCAUCUUUGAUGAGCAUGAUGAUUGGUGCAGCGACUCCAUCGAACAGCGUGGCCAAUGCAGUUGGGAGUCUUGUGAUCAUGGUGUCGCUGCUGUUUGGUGGCUUCCUAGUCAACAAAGAUGAGAUCCAUGACCAUGUGUCUUGGCUUGUUUCGGCUUUUGCCAAUCUCUCCUACUUCAAUUUUGGUUAUGAGGCCCUUGCCGUCAACGAAUUCGACAAAGCUCCUGUGGAUUUCAUAUUCACUGCUCCUAUCACAUUCAAAGGCCAGAAACUUCCCCCUCUGCGAAUACAGGGUGACAUGGUGCUUUGCGAGUUUGGAUUCAACAAAGACCAGUUCUUUGUGGAUCUCAUGCUUCUGGCGUGCAUUGGCGGUGCAUGUGCAUUGGCCACAUUCUUUCUGCUGCUUGCUGCUGGUCGUGGCUGGUGUCUAUUUGGCGCUCCCUCAAGCCCCAGAGUUCAGCAAGGUGAUGUGUGGCACAAAGGACGCCUGCGUGCAGAUACGCAACUGCAGGAGCUGAACAGAAUUGCAGGAGCUGAUGCAACAACGCCACUUCUAUCUGAAGACUCUGCAGAGGAUGGUUCUAGGGAGAAUGGUGGCAAUGUCGAUGCAUCGGCCGCAGGCUCGCUUGUUGUCAGACCGUGGGCAGUGAGGUAUCCAUCGGCUGAGGGGACCUCCACUCCCGAGUUGUUGGGACACAACGCCCUGAUACUGUCAUGGGACAACAUCUCCUGCAGGGUAUGGACAACGCUGAGGCAAAUGGAACGGAAAAUCCUGUCUCAGGUGUCGGGCAUCGCUGGACCGCCUCCUGGAGACUCCAGAACUGGAUCCAGCUUGUUUGCAAUAAUGGGUCCCUCUGGAGCAGGCAAGACGACCCUGCUGGACAUCCUUUCUGGCAGAAAGAUGGACAUGGGCGUCACAGGUGACAUCCGGUUGAGUGGCCAUCGCCUCUCUGCCCCGAAACUACGCAAGGCAUGUGGUUACGUACUGCAGGACGAUGUUCUCCCAGGGACUUCCACAGUGUGGGAGUACAUCAUGUUUCAUGCCCAGCUUCGGUUGCCACGAGGCACUGAGGCAGGGAAGAUUGAGGAGCGUGUCAAGCAGAUCAUGGAUGACUUGGGACUGAACAAAGUGGCAAACAGCUACAUCGGUGACUCCAUGGUUCGGGGUCUCAGCGGUGGAGAGAAGCGAAGGGUCAGCAUCGCCUGUGAGCUGCUCACCCAGCCAGGAGUGCUGAUUCUGGACGAGCCAACGACAGGCCUCGACUCAACCAACGCCACCACUGUGGUUGACAUGCUGGCAAGCCUGGCCAGCAGUGGUACCACUGUCAUCAUGAGCAUUCAUCAGCCAAGACCCAACUUUUUCCAUUUGAUGCAGCAGUUGAUGAUCCUGUCAGGGGAUGGCCAGGUCGUGUACACUGGCACUGUUCCACAGGCCCACGAUCACUUCACAUCAUUGGGGUACGCUCUGGACAGAGAGGGCAUGAGCGUUGUGGAUUUUGCCCUGGAUUUGGUCAUUCGGCUGCCAAGGGGCGAGGUGGAUUGGAUGGUUUCACAGUUCCUGCGCUCAGACAUCGCUAAGCACAACACCAUCUGGCGGCAGACCGUGAACGCAGAUGCGGCAUCAGGGGCUGGCAAUGCGGCGAUCAGAGCCAUCAAUGGAAGGGCCAAAUAUGCGACCGAUCAUAAGACCCAGCUGAAGGUGCUCUCAUCCAGGUUUCUCAACAACCUUUAUAGGCAUCCCAUGCUGCUUUUUCUCAACUUUGCUGCGGCCUCACUCAUGGCUGUUGUGGUGGGUGCGGUGUAUUGGAAUGCAGGUCACGACACGCCAGGGAUUCAGAACCGAAUGGGGUCGCUGUUCUUCAUCACCAUGUACCUUGCUCUGAUGAGCCUGAGCUCGCUGCCACUGUGGGAUAAGGAGCGACUGCUAUUCGUCAGGGAGAGGGCCUCGGGAGUCUAUGGGACAACGUCUUAUUUUGCGGCAGUGCUGAUCUUCGACGUCAUCCCAAUGCGCAUCCUGCCACCAUGCUUUUUCGCGCUGUCUUACUGGAUGAUCGGCUACAGAAUGUCUCCCCAUGGAGUUUGGGCCAGCUUGCCGUACAUUGGCGAGUUCCUGAUGAUUCUCAUUCUCGUCAACAUCGUGGCAUCUACGCUCAGCAUGCUCAUCGGGGCUGCCAUGCCGACGGCCAGCGUCGCCAACAUGGUUGGCGGAUUCAUCGUCCUUGUGGCGUCUCUCCUCAGCGGCGGUUUCUUGAGCAGGAAGCAGAUGUCCUCGGGAACUGCAAUCAGCGUGGUGGACACCCUGUCCAGAUUGUCUUACAUGAGGUAUGGAGUUGAAGCCCUUCUGAUCAACGAGUUCCACGGGACGGACGGGUACUUCUUCACUGUGUCAUACCAUUGCAUACCGAUGUCUGGCAAGCAGCCCAAAGCCGCCGUGACUGGCGACAUCAUUCUGGAGACAUUUGGCUUCUGGCACUCCUUUACAGACUUGAGGUGGGACGUUUUGGUGCUGGUGGCCUUCAUGGUGGCCAACUUGGCUCUCACGUACCUCCUCUUCAAGUACCGGGGCCGGCCAGGGGAGCCCUCCAUCGGCGGCCGACUGCAGCAGGUGAUAGUAAAACUGCUGCCAGCGAGGUGGCGCAAGCCGCGUUCAAAGCGAGGACUGCUGCUGGAGGAGAGGGGGGCGAUUGACGGGCACCUAGAGGAGGAAGCCGGCUGUUAG